AUGGUUCCGUCUGAUAAUGAUGCCUCCAGAGCUUUGGUUUAUCUUCUCCAGAGGGCGAGGGGGAUAUCGCAGAUAUUCCGUGUCCACGCCCGGUUGAUCGCCGGAGGGCUCGCCGGAGAAACCUUCUUAGCCGGCAGGCUCCUCCUCGCCGUCGCCGAGCUGGGGACCGUAUCGCCGGAGGAAGCGCCGGCGUACGCGGAGCUCGUCUUCUCCGGCGCCGGCGAGCCCAACACCUUCCUCUGGAACACCCUCAUCAGAAUCCACGCCGCCGGGGCGGACCCCCGGCGAGGGGUGGCGGUCUUCCGCCGCAUGCGGCGGCGAGGGGCGGCGGCGGACCAGUACACCUUCCCCUUCGUCCUCAAGUCAUGCGGCUUGUCCUCGAGCUGGGAAGAAGGGAGGGAGAUCCACGGGGAGAUCAUCAAGAGAGGAUGGGAGUCUCACCUGUUCGUGACUAACGCGCUGAUCGCCUUGUGCUGCCGCUGCGGGGAGCUGUGCCAUGCUCGGAAGUUGUUCGAUGGGAUGCCUCGCAGAGAUCUGGUUUCCUGGAACUCGAUGAUCUCCGGGUACGCCGGCGGCGGGGGGAAGAUGAUGGAGGCCCAGGAGCUGUUCGAUGAAAUGCCGGACAGGGACGGCUUCUCCUGGGCGAUCAUGAUCGACGGGUACGGGAAGAAGGCUGGAGAACUGGAAUCCGCUCGCAAAUUGUUCGAUGAAAUGCCGGAGAGAGGAGAUCUCGUGUGCUGGAACUCGAUGAUCGCCGGAUACGUCGCCGUGGGAAGGAUGGAGGAGGCGCGCCGGCUGUUCGACUCCAUGGCGGAUCAGAACGUCAUCUCCUGGAGCACCAUCAUCGAGGGCUACGUCAACCAUGGGGAUCCCAAGGAGGCUCUGAGCUUGUUCCAGCGGAUGCUCCUGCGGGGGGUGAAGGCUGACAGAGUCUCCGCCGUGGGGGCGAUCUCUGCGUGCGCCCAAUUAGGCGCGCUCGAGCUCGGGAGAUGGAUCCACUUCUAUCUGCGCAAGAACAGGAUCCAUCUCGACGUGGUGAUCCACACAGCACUGGUGGACAUGUACAUGAAAUGCGGCAGCGUAAAAAACGCCAGAUCCGUCUUCGAUCGGAUGCCGAACAGAAACGUCAUCUCCUGGAACGCGAUGAUCGUCGGCCUCGGCACCAACGGCCGCGGGGAAGAAGCCCUAGACCUGUUCCACCAGAUGGAGGAGGACGGUAUAGCCGCGGACGAGCUCACGUUCCUCGGCGCCCUCACCGCCUGCGCACACACAGGUCGAGUGGAUGAAGGCCUCGCCAUCUUCCGCCGGAUGAGGAGCAGAUCUCAGAUCGGAGUGGAGCACUGCGGCUGCGUGGUGGAUCUCCUGGCGCGCGCCGGCCGGCUCCGCGAGGCCAGGGAGCUCAUAGAGAAGAUGACGGUGGCGAUGGCGAUGGAGCCGGCGGCGGUGCUGUGGGGGAGCUUGAUGGCGGCGUGCAGAGUGCACGGGGAGGCGGAUCUGGCCGAGGAGUGCGGGCGGCGGCUGGUGGAGAUCGACGGUGGCGGCGGCGGCGAGGAAGCGGGGGCUUUGGUGCUGCUGUCAAAUGUGUACGCGGAGGCGGGGAGGUGGGAGGAGGUGUGGGAGGCGAGGGAGGGGAUGAGGAGGAGGGGGAUGAGGAAGGAGGGAGGGAGGAGCGCCAUCGAAGUGGAAGGGGAGCUUCUGGAGUUCGCGAGUGGUGAAGGAGCACGAAUGCCGGCGAUGGCGGAGGAUAUAUACGCCGUCGUCUUGGGGCUCUCUAAGCUCUCUGAGAAUCCAUCGGGUUAUUAUUAUUAUUUUUCUUCUGGUCUGGCAGUUUAG